AUGGGUGUUAAAACCUUCACUCAUAACUCCCCUGCUCACAGUCAGGAGAUGCUGGGGAAGCUGAACAUGCUCCGCAACGACGGCCACUUCUGCGACAUCACCAUCCGCGUGCAGGACAAGAUCUUCAGGGCACACAAGGUGGUCCUGGCAGCCUGCAGCGACUUCUUCCGCUCCAAGCUCGUGGGCCAAGCAGAGGAUGAGGGCAAGAGCGUGUUGGACCUGCACCACGUGACAGUGACUGGUUUCAUCCCUCUUCUGGAAUAUGCCUACACAGCCACCCUGUCCAUCAACACGGAGAACAUCAUCGACGUGCUGGCUGCGGCCAGCUACAUGCAGAUGUUCAGCGUGGCCAGCACCUGCUCCGAGUUCAUGAAGUCCAGCAUUUUGUGGAAUACCCCCAACAGCCAGCAGGAGAAGGUGCUGGAUGCAGGACAGGAGAGCAGUGCAAACUGCAAUUUCACCUCGCGGGAUGGCAGCCUCUCCCCGGUGUCCUCCGAGUGCAGCGUGGUGGAGAGAACCAUCCCCGUGUGCCGCGAGUCGCGCCGGAAGCGCAAGAGCUACAACGUCAUGUCCCCAGAGAGCCCCUUAAAGUGCAACACCCAAACCAGCUCCCCCCAAGUGCUCAAUCCUUCAACCUCCUACCCAGAGUCCAGAAAUCAGCCUGUGGACUCCUCCUUAGCGUUCCCCUGGACUUUUCCUUUUGGAAUCGACCGAAGGCUCCAGUCGGAGAAGGUGAAGCAGACAGAGAACUCCAGGACUUUGGACAUGCCUGGGCCCUCUGAGUCCAGCAGGAGGAUCACAGAUUACGUGGCCUGUGAGAGCACCAAGGACAGUUCUCCCCUGGUGAUCGAGGAGGAUGUGCGAGUCAAAGUGGAGCGGCUGAGCGACGAGGAGGUGCACGAGGAGGUGUCACAGCCUGUCAGCGCGUCCCAGAGCUCCCUGAGCGAUCAGCAGACAGUCCCAGGCAGUGAGCAAGUGCAGGAGGAUCUCCUCAUCAGCCCACAGUCUUCAUCGAUAGGCUCCAUAGACGAGGGGGUGACGGAGGGGCUGCCCACGAUCCAGAGCACCUCGGGCGCCAACGCUCACGCGGACGACGACGAUCGCCUUAAAUCUCUUCUCCCAAACUUUCUGCCUGUAGCUCCUUCCCAAAAUGCUGUGUGUCACUUGCU